AUGACGACAGUAAGAACAAGAAUUAAAGUUGGAGAUAAAGAGCUUUUAAUUCCAGAAAAUGUCAAUCUAAGUAAGGAGAAUGUAGUCAAUGUCUUUAAAAGACGUAAUAUUGAAGCAGUAGAGUUCUCUGCUAUGGGAAAGGAUGAAAUUGCCAGAUCUGCACAUAUGGAAGUAUUACAUAGAGAGAUUUAUAAGCCAAUGACAAACAUCCCACUUCAAGGAGGAGUAUUGGAUUCUAGAUUGGGAGCUCAUAGGGCUGAUGCACAGUGUUCUAGUUGUGGAGGAAGUUUAAAAACAUGUGGAGGUCACUGGGGUUAUAUUGAUUUACAGCAGCCAGUCUUCCAUGUAGGUUACUUUAAACACUUGUAUGGAGUUUUAUGUUGUAUCUGUAAAAGUUGUGGAGCCUUUCUACUUAAAGGAGAAGAGAAACGUCAACAUCUUGCCAGAUUAAAACAGUCAUGUUCCAUUGCUCAUUCUUAUAGAUUACAGUUUAGAAAGUUAGUUGAGAGAUGCAAAAAAGUUAAGACUUGUCCAAGAUGUAUGUCUCAACAAGGCCAACUUAGAAGAACAAUUAGACCAACUUUGGAUCAGUUCAUGAAGUUGACUCAUACUAUUAAGAUAGAUGGCAAGGAUUAUGUGGAAGAUUUGACUCCUAUUUAUGUUCAAACACUUUUAGAAAGAGUUCCUUAUCAGGAUUUGGAUAUUUUGGAGACUUUUAAACCCGGAAAUCUCCUCAUUUCACGUCUCCCAGUCCCUCCAAAUUGUAUCAGACCUUCAGUUACUAUGGGAGAGUCUGGAAGUAAUGAGGAUGACUUAACAGUUAUAUUGUCUGAAAUCACAGAUUUGAAUAAUAUUAUCAAAUCUCAAAUGAAAUCAGGAUUCCAAACUUUUCAGUUACUAGGUAAUUGGGAAUUUCUUCAACUUCAAUGUACCAGACUAAUUAAUGCUGAUGCUCCUGGAGUUAAUCAACUCCUAGCUAGUAAGAACAUUCCUAAGGCUGGUAGAGGAGUGUGUCAGAGGCUUAAAGGUAAAGAAGGACGCUUUAGAGGAAAUCUAAGUGGUAAAAGAGUCGAUUUUAGUGGGAGGACUGUUAUUUCUCCCGACCCUAAUAUUGAGGUUGAUGAGGUGGUGGUACCUAUGAUUAUUGCCAAGAAGCUUACAUACCCUGAAAGAGUUAAUGCUAUUAAUAUAGACUCUUUAAGGAAAGCAGUUUUAAACGGACAUGAUAUAUGGCCAGGAGCAUGCUAUGUAUAUAAAAGUAAUGGGAGCAAAUCCAGUCUCAGAUAUGCCAAUAGAAGGGUUGUUUCAGAACGUCUCGAGAUUGGAGAUAUUGUAGAAAGGCAUAUGAAGACUGGAGAUAUAGUCCUCUUCAAUAGACAACCAAGCUUACAUAGGCUUAGUAUUAUGUCCCACAAGGUAGUAGUUAUGCCAUGGAGAACUUUCAGAUUCAACGAAUGUGCAUGUGCUCCUUAUAAUGCAGAUUUUGAUGGUGACGAGAUGAAUCUUCACCUCCCUCAAAAUGAGCUAGCUAGAUCAGAAUCAAAACAUCUGAUGGGACUUAUGAAUAACUUAGUAACACCAAGAAAUGGAGAACCUCUAAUAGCAGCAACUCAAGACUUUCUCCUAGGGAUGUAUGUACUAACAGGAAGGGAUAUAUUUUUAACUAGAGACCAGUUUUCCCAAUAUUGCUGUCAUUUUUCAAAUGGACAAAUUCCUAUGGAGUUACCUCCUCCUACCAUUCUAAAACCUGUGGAACUUUGGACAGGGAAACAAGUGUUUAAUAUGAUUUUGAGACCAAACUCAAAUGAAAAGGAAAGAAUAGAGGUUUCAUUUGAACUAAAGGAAAGAGAUUAUGACUCAAAAUCAGAUCUUAAAGAUCUUUGUCCCAAUGAAGGAUAUGUGGUAGUAAGACAUUCUGAACUUUUAGCGGGAGCUAUUGGAAAGAAAGUUCUUGGAGGAGGAUCUAAGGAAGGACUUUUUUUCUAUAUAUUACGUGAAAACAACUCAAAAAAGAGCUCAGAAUGUAUGGGACGUAUUUCUAGGUUUGUCUCACGGUACUUAGCUAACAAAGGAAUGACAAUUGGAAUAGAUGAUGUAACUCCAAAUGCUGAACUUCUAGUGGCAAAGAAGAAUCUAUUAGAAAAUGGUUAUCAAAAGGUUCAAGACGAAAUUAACUUAUAUGAGAAAGGGAAACUAACUCCUCAUCCUGGUCUCUCUCUAGAAGACACUUUAGAGCUUAAGGUUAAGAAGAUUUUGGAUGACAUUAGAAAUGAAGCAGGAAAAGCUUCUCAUAUUAGUCUCCCUCCUUCAAAUAAACCUCUUCUUAUGUACCUAUCAGGAGCAAAAGGACAACUAAUUAACAUAGCUCAAAUGGUUGCCUGUGUAGGUCAACAAAAUGUUGCAGGACAGAGAAUUCAAAAUGGUUUUACUAACAGAACUCUUCCUCAUUUUAAGAUGAAUUGUGUUGAUGGAAGAAGCAGAGGAUUUGUUGGAAACAGCUUCUUUUCAGGUCUACAACCUGAUGAAUUUUUCUUCCAUACAAUGUCAGGAAGAGAAGGACUUGUAGAUACUGCUGUUAAGACAGCUGAGACAGGAUAUAUGCAAAGAAGACUUGUAAAAGCAUUAGAGGAUCUUUGUAUAAAAUAUGACCAAACUGUCAGGACUAGUGACGGACAGAUUAUACAGUUUAUCUAUGGAGAUGAUGGGCUUAAUCCAAUGCUUAUGGAGGACAAAUUAGACCUUGUCAACUUUGAAAAGCUUUUCAAACAUAUUUACUCCCAAACCAAAGUUCAUUCCAACUUUUAUUUCCUAUUUAACAACUACCUUGAAUUUUUGGAAAGUAAAAAUUCCAAGGAAGAUCCUAGCACUUCAGAAACUCUCAAACUUUCAGUGUCUAAGAGAUCUAAAAGAAAGCCUUUAUUAGAUUCUUCUAGUCCCACCCUUUUAUCUGAAACUGAUAAAACUACGAAUUCUUUUUCAGAAAUUUCUAAAGAUGAUCAGAGUAAUCAAAGAUUUAAGCUCCUACCACCUCCAAAUGAGGUUAUUAAUCACCUUCUCCUUUUGUUUGAAAACUAUCUUUCAAAUAGUUACAUAGGACCAUUAAAGAACAACGUGGCGCCGGCGGGCUCUCAUGAUGCACAAACAUGCAUUGAGAAUACCGUUGAGAUGGGAGAAAUUAAUAGACAGUUAAUAUUUGACGAGAUAGAUGAAUUAUUGGCACAAGUGGAGAAAAAACAGGAAGAAGAGAGGAUCAGGGGUAUAAAAAAGACAGGAGAGGGUGUUACUAGGUCAAAACUUAGGAGGAUGGUAGAUAUAAGAGAGGAAAAAGAGAACCAUGAGGAAUUAAAAAAAGAGUUAGAGGAGAUUGUUGAUUUGAAGGGUGAGGAGGAGGAAAAAGAAAAGCUUGACUUUCUUUUUUCCUACAGUUUCAGUCAGAAUCUAAGUAAUAUCAUUUUUGAUGCAAAAUACUUUGAGAAUGAAUCUAAGGAGAUCCCAAAGUCAAUAAUGGAUAAAUUAGAUACUUUGAAGAUUUGGUACACAAAAAAUGGAUUAGAAUGGUGCAGGAAGAAUGAGACGUGCGUAUGUAUGAGGAAUAGUGUUCUGGCUCAUUAUUUGGUAUACAAACAUUUACCUAUUAUGGAUACAAAUGUUCCUUUGAUUCCUUUUGAGAUGAUGGAAUGGGUGGAAUUUCUUAUUAAGAUGACAAGAGAGCUUAUUCCAAGUUCGCUUUUGAUCCACCAAAAGAUCUCAAUCUUGGAGUCUCCAACUCAUCAGGAGAAGACUCGGGAGUUGAACAUCUUUUCAAAUAAUAUGAGAAAAUUUCUGGUUUCUCAUAUUGAGAGGAUAUCCAAAUAUAGAAAGGUACAGGGGGAAAGGGAAGGACUCAAAUUGGAGGAGUACAUACAGGUUAUUGAGGAUUUUGUUGAUGAUUCCAGAUUGGAUUCCGAAUGGUUUAGGCAGAUUCUUCAGCAAGAUCCAAACGUUUCCAGAAUUGCAUCUUUAGAAAAAUCUCGAGAGCUUGGCGACUUCUCCAAAUAUAUCCGAAGAUUUUACUCUGGUAUGAUUCCUAAUGGAGACAGAAUUGAGACAGAAUGCAAAUCCGAAGAGGAGAGUUUUACAGGAAAGAAGAGGAGUAUUGAAGAGGGGUUCUCUAACUUUAUGAAUGGUUCAAAGAGAAGAAUUAUUGAUGAGGAAGGGGAGUCUGAAAUUUGCUCCUCUUUUUCCUCUUCAAAAUUGAGGCCUAUAAGGUAUAAUCUAGACUAUGCUAUUACUAUUAGACAGAUAUAUGAGUUUAUUAGAGCAAGCUGGACCAAGUACAUGAAAGCAAUCACAGAACCAGGAGAAGCUGUUGGAGCAAUUGCUGCUCAAUCAAUUGGAGAACCAGGAACUCAGAUGACUUUAAAAACUUUCCACUUUGCGGGAGUUGCUAGUAUGAAUGUUACUUUAGGAGUACCAAGGAUUAAAGAAAUUAUUAAUGCUGCUACAAAGAUUCUAACGCCUAUUAUUGAGGCUAAAUUGGAAAAUGACUCUGAUUUUAAUUAUGCUCAAAUAGUUAAGGGAUCUAUUGUUAAAACUCUUCUAAAUGAGGUAGUCUCAGAUAUAGAGGAGCUUUACUCUCCAAAUGGAGUGUUUAUUAACAUUAAUCUGAAUGAGGAAACCAUAAAAAGCCAUUAUCUUGAUAUUAAUGCAUAUACAGUAAGAGAUUCCAUUGUUAAUCACGGACCUAUCUCAAAGAUUAAACUAAGACUGGAAGAUAUUCAAGUUCUUGAUCUUUGGAAACUUUCUAUAUUAAUUGGUGGGGGAAUAUCUCAAAUUGGAUCUUCAACAUCAUCGGGUACCGGAUCAGGAUCAGGAAGUACAAUGAAUGUUUACUUUCAGACACAACUACUUAGAAAAGGUUUACAGAAUGUUGUAGUUAGUGGUAUCCCAGGAAUUAGGAGAAGUGUUAUUAGACAGGAUGAUAAGGAAGAUCCUAAUACUGGAAAGAAGAGAAAGUGUUACAGUCUCGCAGUUGAAGGAUAUGGACUUCUGAAAUUGAUGGGUAUUAACGGUAUUAUUGGUACUAGAACAGUAUCUAAUCAUGUAAUGGAAGUCAGAGAAGUACUUGGAAUUGAAGCAGCUAGAAAAGUAAUCAUUCAAGAAGUACAAAAAUGUAUGGAUGCUUAUAGUAUGGAUAUUGAUUUAAGACAUAUACAGUUACUAGCUGAUAUUAUGACAUUCAGAGGGGAUGUAUUAGGUAUUUCGAGAUUCGGUAUUCAAAAGAUGCGUGCCUCUACACUCAUGUUGGCAUCUUUUGAGGAGACAAAUGAGCAUUUAUUUGAAGCAGCCUUCCAGAAUAGAGUUGAUCCAGUAUUUGGGGUAAGUGAGUGUGUUAUAAUGGGAAAACCUAUAAAAAUCGGUACCGGAUCUUUUGACAUCCUUUAUAAUUCUCCUCCAAAUGUACAUGAGAGCAAAUUAUUUCUGAAUGGGAGUAGGAAAGGCACAGUUGGUAGGCUUUCCCAAUUUCUAAGUAGUAUUAAAAAGUAG